AGAGCGAGUGAGACGCUGACACUGAGAGAGACGCACCCUGUAAAAGAGGCAGAGUCAACAGCUACAGCAACAGAGCUCCCGUUCUCUCUCACACACAGACAGAGAACCAGACCCAUUCCAGGGGAGACGGUGAGCACACACCCCCACUGAGGAGCACCGUCUCUUGGGAGGAGAUCCCACACCCCGCCCCUCCUCCGUCUGUGUGUUUUUGCAAAAAAACUGGAAGAGAGACAUAGAAGAGAGUGAAGGAAGGAGGGAUGAGUGGCUUGUUUGCCACAGCUGCUGAUGCUAGAGGCUGAGAACGAGGGACGCUGACGAAGAGAGAGAGAAAAAGGGAUCUGAAGACCAGAGGAUUGGAGGAGAGGUAGACUGGCACGUGUAGAGCUUCUCAAACAUAUGGACAGAGACAAGAGAGGGACACAGUGUCGGGGAACACACACACACAUCACACGCACAAACAUCACACACACAUCACACACACACACAGGCACCGAUGAGGAGGGAACAGGGACCACGCUUCAGUCCUGGGUGUGUGGUAAACUGACCCGGCCUGUGAUAGGCUAGGAGUCAGCACUGACCCAGCCUGUGAUAGGCUAGGAGUCAGAUCAGGACCACCAGGGCCAUGACUGGCUCCCCGGGCAUCAGUGGGCAGUCCCUGUCACCAUGGCGGUGGCUGAGUCGCUGGGGGCCGGUCUUGCUGCUGGUUACCAUGACAACCCUACUGCCAGGUUGUUGCCAGGCAUGCCCUCCACGGUGCGAGUGCUCGGCCCAAAUCCGGUCCGUCUUGUGCCAGCGGCGGCGGCUCACCGGCAUCCCAGAGGGCAUCCCCACGGAAACUCGCCUCCUGGACCUCAGCCGGAACCGUCUCCGCUGGGUGGAGAUGGGUGACCUGGCGCCGUAUCCACACCUUGAAGAAGUGGACCUGAGUGAGAACCUCAUUGCCACACUGGAGCCAAAUGCGUUCGCCAACCUGCAGAGCCUCCGGGUGUUACGGCUGAGGGCGAACCAGUUGAAACUUGUACCCAUGGGGGCCUUCGCCAAGCUGGUCAACCUGACCACGCUGGACCUGAGUGAGAACAAGCUGGUGAUUCUGUUGGACUACACCUUCCAGGACCUAAAGGGUCUGAGACACCUGGAGGUGGGAGACAACGACCUGGUCUACAUCUCUCAUGAGGCCUUCUCUGGCCUGCUAGGGGUGGAGGAUCUGACCAUUGAACGCUGCAACCUGACUUCCAUCUCUGGCCAGACGCUGUCCUACCUACGCAGCCUGGUCACUUUGCGACUACGCCAGCUCAGCAUCCCCGCCCUGGAGGACCAUAACUUCCGUAAGCUGGCCAACCUCCGGGGGCUGGAGAUCGACAACUGGCCUUACCUGGAAUACAUCUCCCCCCUGAGCUUCCAUGGUCUGGACCUGUACUGGCUGUCCAUCACCAACAGCAACAUCACCUCCGUCCCCUCGUCCUCCUUCAGAAACCUGAUCCACCUCACCCAUCUCAACCUGUCCUACAACCCCAUCACCACCCUGGAGCCUUGGGCCUUCAGGGACCUGCUGAGGCUCAAAGAGCUGAUCAUGGUGAACACGGGCCUGGCUACAGCGGAGCCCCAUUCCCUGGGAGGCCUCAGACAGAUCCGGGUCCUCAACUUCUCCUCCAACGACCUCCAGACUCUGGAGGAGGGAUCGUUCCACUCUGUCAACAGCCUGGAGACGCUGCGGGUGGAUGGGAACCCACUGCUGUGUGACUGCCGUUUGUUGUGGAUCCUGCAGAGACGCAAGACCCUCAACUUUGACGGCAGGGUGCCUGUGUGCGCUGGGCCGGUGGAGGUGCAGGGGAACAGCCUCAGCACCUUCACCGACUCAGCGCUCUUUGAUCACUUCACCUGCCAGAAGCCCAAGAUACGAAACCGCAAGCUUCAACAGGUGACAGCUCGUGAGGGCCAGCCAGUGAGUUUCCUCUGCAGUGCCGUGGGAGAGCCCGCCCCCAACAUCAUGUGGAUCUCCCCUCAGCGCAGACUAAUCACAGCCAAGAGCAAUGGUCGCAUCACCGUCCUCCCAGGAGGGACGUUGGAGAUCCGCUAUGCUCAGGUCACCGACAGCGGCACCUACAUGUGCAUCGCCAGCAAUGCCGGGGGCAAUGACACUUACUUUGCGAUGCUCACGGUUCGGGGCGCGCCGCUGGAUGCCUCGUCGGCCUUCUUCGCCAACCGCUCGAUGUAUGGCGGCGAGUUCUUCAACGACACAAACCUGAAUAGCACUCGCGUCUUCCUCAAGUUCACCCUGGACCUGACCACCAUACUGGUCUCCACAGCGAUGGGCUGCAUCACCUUCCUGGGCGUGGUGCUUUUCUGUUUCCUGUUGUUGUUUGCAUGGAGCCGGGGGCGGGGCCAGCGUAAGAACAACUUCACCGUCGAGACCCCUUUCCGGAAGGCCGAGGGACCGGCGGCGGUGGGUGGCGCCGGAGGUGCCCGGAAAUUCAACAUGAAGAUGAUAUGAUACCAUGCAGCCAGGGGUCACUCGGGGGCAUAAGCACAUCCUGGAAACGGGGGAGGCAUAAGCACAUCCUGGAAACGUGUUUAACAAGACACACACAUCGCUGAAUCGCAGAGUAAAGAAAGAAAUCAAAAUAAAAUGCAUACAAUAUUCACACAUGGUUGGUAUUCACCAGGACCAGAUUCAGUUUGAGUGGAAAAACAUGAUGACCUUUGACCUCACGGCCUCCUACUGGUUUUACUCAGCUCCUGGUACAACGUUCCGUUUAUAUUUCGAACAAAUAUAACAUUGUCAUUAACCAGGUUUCCAUCCAACCCAUUUAUACGAGUAAAGUACAUGUCGGAUAAAAUAUGUCAUGCCAGGCCUGGAAACAUUUGUUGCUUUCAAACCUUCCAAAUGUCUACAAAAAUAAAUAAAUACGCUAGAGGUGGGAUCUUUUGUGUCUGAGUCACGCGAUGACAUGGUGUGUGGUCCUCCCAGUACUACUCGUCAGGAAAGAACGCAGUUUAUUAGGCUACAGAUUAAAUGAAUUAUAAAUGAUGAUGAACUUCACAGGGUGGUAUCUGCGUGCUGUUGGCUACACAGCAAGAACCAAUAGACGCUAUAUAACGCUCAUUCUUCAGGAUGAGAAAACCAUCAUUAGAGUUACAAAUGCGAUGGAAAACAUGGGAAUUUAACUGCAAACGUUGUUUUUAUGUGCGCUACUUCAUCACGCACAGCUUUUUAUCCUCAACAAGUACAUUUGAUGGAAACACCUCUCUGGUGAGAAAAUGCACGUAUUAUUUUUAUGCAGAUCUUAGAAUAUUCGCUUGAAAAUCUGUCGCCAAUUGGAUGUAAACCUAGCUACUGAGCUUGAUAAGGGGAGGUCAAUUAGAUCACUAAAGGUGUAUUUUGGAGAGAAAAAAAUAUAACAUUACCAUUUAGCUUGAUAAGAAUUAUAGAAGUUAAGAAUUUAGUGUGAUCUCUUAUUGGGUGAUUACUGUGCUGUGGAAUGAUCAUAGUUAUGCCUCUCUUCCUGGAAGCUAUGCACUUGUAGUGGUCAUUGCACACAGGGCAUAGUUCUGACUAGGGGGAGUACAGCCAUGAUGGUUAGUUAUGGUUAGAUAAAGUUAGUCUAAGUUAUGGUUAGAUAAAACGCUCUCCUAAUCUGCUAUAAAAAGUUAUUUCUGGUUGUAUCUGUAGUCCCAUUCAUCAUAGCCCAUGGAGAGACAGCAUGUAAGUACUGCAAUUUAGAGUAUGUUGUAUAGCAAUAAGAUUACAAUAUUGAAUAAAAACAAGCCAUUUUUGUAAGACAUUUGGGAUAUGAUUUCAAUUGUCACAUUUAUAAGACAUCAUCAAGGCCCCUCCAGAUAAACACAUGAAACCUAUUUCAAUCAUUUGACCUAAUAACAUUUAUGGGGAGAAAAUAUCAGAAGACACUUUGGCCGAUCUGUUUUUGAAUACCACAUCAUAUACACAUCAAAAUAAAGUAUAUUCUGAAAAUUUAAAUUGGGCCCACUUCACUUUCAGAAGUGACCGUUUGCGACGAGGUUGGCUGUGUGAGUUGGACCAAGCGCACUGGCUGACGGUUGCCAUGACGGCCUGACGCCCCAAGGGUUUGUUUGGAAAGCCAAGCCCAGCGAACAUGAGGCCACAUGGUAACCAUGACAACCAACACAGCCCAGGGCAGGGGGGAGAUGUGGGGACUGUGGGACGAGUGGAGAGGGAGUAUGUCCAUGCCUCCUCUUUCCAACCUUCCAAUAAUAGUACUACCCUACCACUGCCAGUAGGGAGGAAUGUGGGAAGAGAAAGGUGGAUGGGAGGAGCCUAGGCCUCACCUCUCUAACUUCCCUCUUACACUGCUCUCUCCUACUGCCAUGGGCUGAGCUGGGAAAAGAACUGACCUCCACAGAGCUGCCAGGGGGAGCAGCCUGGAAGUCAGAACACACUCAGAGUCAUAUACUGUACUGUACAGAACAGACUCACCUUCUCAAAGGCUCUCACUCAGAGUCAUAUACUGUACUGUACAUAACAGACUCACCUUCACAAAGGCUCUCACUCAGAGUCAUAUACUGUACUGUACAUAACAGACUCACCUUCACAAAGCUUCUCACUGAGAGUCAUAUACUGUACUGUACAGAACAGACUCAUUUACACAUGCAUUGGACCUUUUUUCAGGUGAACACAAAGUCAUAUACAGGCGAAACGCACACACACAGACACCUAUACUACAGAUCUAUAAUAAAUAGAACUGCACAUCACACUAUUACCACUCACAACACUACAGAUCUAUAAUAACUAGAACUGCACAUCAUACUAUUACCACUCACAACACUACAGAUCUAUAAUAACUAGAACUGCACAUCACACUAUUACCACUCACAACACUACAGAUCUAUAAUAACUAGAACUGCACAUCACACUAUUACCACUCACAACACUACAGAUCUAUAAUAACUAGAACUGCACAUCAUACUAUAACCACUCACAACACUACAGAUCUAUAAUAACUAGAACUGCACAUCACAUUAUUACCACUCACAGCACUACAGAUCUAUAAUAACUAAAACUGCACAUCACACUAUUACCACUCACAACACUACAGAUCUAUAAUAACUAGAACUGCACAUCACACUAUUACCACUCACAACACUACAGAUCUAUAAUAACUAGAACUACACAUCACACUAUUACCACUCACAACACUACAGAUCUAUAAUAACUAGAACUGCAUAUCACACUAUUACCACUCACAACACUACAGAUCUAUAAUAACUAGAACUGCACAUCACAUUAUUACCACUCACAACACUACAGAUCUAUAAUAACUAGCACUACACAUCACACUAUUACCACUCACAACACUACAGAUCUAUAAUAACUAGAACUGCACAUCACACUAUUACCACUCACAACACUACAGAUCUAUAAUAACUAGAGCAGCACAUCACACUAUUACCACUCACAACACUACAGAUCUAUAAUAACUAGAACUGCACAUCACACUAUUACCACUCACAACACUACAGAUCUAUAAUAACUAGAACUGCACAUCACACUAUUACCACUCACAACACUACAGAUCUAUAAUAACUAGAACUGCACAUCACACUAUAACCACUCACAACACUACAGAUCUAUAAUAACUAGAACUGCAUCCACAAACAACCACUCUUCUCUUUCUCUGAGACGGCCAGUGCGCAAAUGUCUGUGCCCCCCCCCUAGCCCAGUGCAUCCCCCGUCCCCACUUGGUCCUCCAAUGGGAGGGAUCCUUGGCUGGAGACCGAUAACGAAAAAUGUAAAUGAAGUCAUGUGAACCCUGCCCACGCAUGUGCAUCGUAUAGAGGAGAGUACGGUGGUAUUUAUUACGACAUGCUCUGUUCUCAUUCCUUUAGUAGCCUCUUUUUUGCGUUACCUCAGUUGAUGCUCUCUGUAAACCAUUUACCAUCAACCGUUUGGACUCUGUGGCAUCCAACAGUGAGAUUAGUCCUGUUCUCAACACCUAGAGGAGCUUCCAUUCAUUCCACAGGUGUGUGUGUGUGUGUGUGUGUGUGUGUGUGUGUGUGUGUGUGUGUGUGUGUGUGUGUGUGUGUGUGUGUG